CGAAACCCAAAAAAGAGGACGGAAAAGAAGGAAGCUAUGUCGAUCAGAGAAGAAAUGGAGGAAUCCAAGCAGGCCGACGGAGGAGGGCGGAGAGGGCGGCGGAGCUGUGGCGGGAAGCGGCAGAAACGCGCGGAGAAGCCAGUCGAACUAGAAGAAGAAGAAGAGGAGGAGGAGUUGGAGCAGCAAUUCGCCGAGGAAGAAGUUGACGAGCUAUCCUUGAGCUCGAAUCCCUUCUUCUACCCUACCACUCCCACUUCCUUCGUCGUCUCCGACGCUCUGGAGCCCGAUUUCCCCAUCAUCUACGUCAACAAGGUCUUCGAGAUCUCCACCGGCUACCGCGCUCACGAGGUCCUCGGCCGCAAUUGCCGGUUCCUGCAGUUCAGAGAUCCGCGAGCUCAACGGCGGCACCCGCUGGUGGAUCCGGUGGUGGUUUCCGAGAUCAGAAGAUGCGUUGACGAAGCCAUUGAAUUCCAAGGGGAGCUUCUGAAUUUCAGCAAGGACGGAACUCCAUUGGUGAACAGGUUGAGGCUUACUCCAAUUCGCGAGGAUGACGGCACCAUCACCCACAUAAUCGGCAUCCAAGUGUUCUUGGAAGCCAAAAUCGAUCUCGACCAGCUCUCGUACCCCGUUUUCAAGGAGAGCGAUUCCAUUAACUUACACAACUAUGAGGAAAAUCGUCCUGCAGAUGCCGAUACUCAUCUCCUUGACUCGCCCUGCGACGACCUGCAGCCUCAUCAGCUUCAUCCUCAUCAACAGCAGCAGCCGCAGCAGUAUCAGGAGCUGUGCAGGAUUCUCGAGUUGUCUGAUGAAGUGCUGGCUCAAAACAUUUUGUCACGUUUGACGCCGAGAGAUGUGGCAUCUAUUGGUUCGGUUUGCAGGAGAAUACGGCUGCUGACGAAGAACGAACACGUGAGGAAGAUGGUGUGCCAGAACUCAUGGGGGAGGGAAGUUACAGGUGCUCUGGAGUCCAUGACCAAGAAGCUAGCUUGGGGGAGGUUGGCUAGGGAGCUCACCACUCUCGAAGCUGUGUGCUGGAGGAAGAUGACAGUUGGUGGAGCAGUCGAGCCGUCUCGUUGCAACUUCAGUGCUUGUGCUGUUAGUGGUAACCGUCUCGUGUUGUUUGGAGGGGAAGGGGUUGAUAUGCAGCCGAUGGACGACACAUUCGUCCUCAAUCUAGACGCGGCGAAUCCAUCCUGGCAGAGGGUGGUUGUAGAAUCAUCUCCACCGGGACGAUGGGGUCAUACAUUGUCAUGCUUCAAUGGCUCUUCGCUUGUGGUGUUUGGCGGGUGUGGAAGGCAAGGGUUGCUGAAUGAUGUGUUUGUUCUCGACUUGGACGCCAAACAUCCAACGUGGAAGGAAGUCUCCGGAGGGACGAGCCCUCCUCUCCCAAGAUCAUGGCACAGCUCUUGCACGAUUGAAGGUUCCAAACUCGUCGUCUCCGGUGGUUGCACGGAUGCAGGGGUGCUUCUAAGCGAUACAUACCUGUUGGAUCUCACCAACGUAAACCCGGCUUGGCGAGAGAUUGUUCCUGCUACAGCAUGGACACCGCCAUCUCGGUUGGGACAUUCGCUAUCGGUGUAUGGCGGGUCGAAGAUUAUGAUGUUCGGUGGGCUGGCCAAGAGUGGUCACUUGCAGCUGAGGUCGGGCGAGGCGUACACCAUCGACCUGGGAGACGAGAAGCCAGCGUGGAGGCAGCUCGAUUGUUCGGCGUACAGCGGCGCUGGCAGCCAGAACUGCGUGGUUCCACCUCCGAGGCUCGAUCACGUAGCUGUAAGCAUGCCUUGUGGGAGGAUCAUAAUCUUUGGCGGGUCGAUUGCUGGGCUGCAUUCGCCUUCACAACUGUUUCUCCUCGAUCCCGCCGAGGAGAAGCCGUCGUGGAGGGCUCUCAAUGUUCCCGGUCAGCCUCCGAAGUUCGCUUGGGGCCAUAGUACGUGCGUGGUUGGAGGGACGAGGGUUUUGGUUCUUGGUGGGCAUACUGGGGAGGAAUGGAUACUGAACGAAGUGCAUGAAUUGUGCUUGGCUACCCGGCAGGACUUGGACGUGUAAUUUGAAGUACAGUUCGUUGCUGGUUCACAUCCCAGGCAAGCACUCAAAUUACACAAAAGUUUCAUCCUGAGUUCUCGUGUUAUGUUUUGUUGUAUGUAUGUAGAUUGUGAUGAUUGAUUAGACAAAAACAACGCAACCUUAUGAUUUGAAUAAAUUAAUGCAUUCCUU